ACAAAGGAAUAUUGUCCAAGGUAGCCACAGUCAACUGAGUCGCCAGUCGCCAUUUUAUAUAUAUAUACAAACUUUUCAUUAUAGUUUGGAUUCUUGAGUGAAGCAGAUGUGUUGGAGAGAUGGCAGAAAAAUCAUUACUUAAAGUAACGAACAGAAAGCAGUUCGAGCGCUUAGUGCAUUUGAUGCAGAAAAAUCCACAAAUUGCCCGAGGAGCGCGAACGUACGGACAAAGCAAGCAGCAAGUAGAGGAGCAGUGGAAAAAAAUUGCGGACGAGCUUAACAGUUUUGGGCCACCACGUAGGACAGGCAAAGAAUGGCAGAGGGUAUGGAUUAACUACAAGGCAAAAACCAAGAAAAAAAUGAGUGAUGAACAUUUUCAACCAUAUCCCUUAACCGCGCUGGAACAAACAGUGGCCGACCUACUGCAAGCAGAGUUUGGCGAUAGUGUUGGUGUAGCGUGUGACGACCCGCCAUCAGCAUCAAACUCAUUCAGCAGCGGCACAAAGGAACCAACAAAGGAUCAAAUCGCUUCAUUAUUGCGAGAGAUCGAAAGGAAGCCAGAAUUGGGUAAACAUACACCAGCAUUUGGCCCCCCACGCAAUCAAGAGGAUUGGGACAGAAUAGCAAAAAAGCUAAAUGCUAUAGGACCAGCUGAACGUAGCAUGCGUGAAUGGAAAAAAAUCUUUCGUAAUUUGAAAUUAAAUACAAAAAAGAAAAUGGAAGAAAAUGAAGAAGCGGGUUACCCCAAACAUCUAUUAACGGAAGGUGAAAAAGCAAUGGCGAAGAUUCUUGAACUCAUCGAGGCUGCGAAACCAAAUGGUGAAACUUUUGGUGUACCUGCUGACAAAUCAUUGCCAAUGGUUACGAUCACCAAAAUGUCCCCUCCUUCAGUUACUGCUAUGACUGAUGAGGAAUCGGUAGAAGAAGAACCGACGUCAGCACCCAAAAAUCGUACGACUGGCACUCGUAAGCGAAAAUCCGAUGAUCACAGCAGUUUUCUAUUUCGUCGUCAAUUACAACACCAAGUUCAAUAUAUGAAAAUAUCAAAAGAAAUGGUAGAAAUAAUGGACAGACAGAGUCUAUCGUUACAUAAACUAACAACUGCUGUCGAUAGGCAAGAGGAGUUAAUGGAGCGACAGCUGAAGUUGCUGGAAAGGCAAACUUUAGCUCUGGAACGCCAAGCCGCUGCUUUGGAAAGAAUGGCGGAGUUAUAAUAGUUUUAUUUUUUUUUAGACAGUAAAAGUUUGUUUCUAUUUGAAAAGUUUUUUUUUCUUUUUUUAAGUGUUAAAUAAGGUUAUUUACAAAAAUUAACAUAAAAUAUGUUUUCAGAAUACCAAAGUACAAACUUCUGUAUUUUUUUUUUUAACUUUUUUCAUUAAUUUUACUUUAUGGACAACCUUUGGAAUUUUUCAAAUUUUUAGCUACGUUUCUUCUUAUUUCUAAAGUUUCCUCUGUUGCAUUUGCAUCGCUAUUAAACUCAGUGCUACUAUUACAAUUGCCAUUCCUUGAAUUCACAGCAUUUAUCUUACCAAAUUCCAAAUUGUCUUUAUAAAAUAUACACGCAUUAUGAAUUGCACAACAAA